AUGAAACUCAUGGAAGAUGGUGGUGUGACCACCCGAGUAUAUGCUCUGCACACCUUCCAAGAGAGCUGCGAAACACACUUAAAAAAUACUGUUGCAGAUCUGAGAAAUAAUGGGAUAGAAAGAGGCCAGAACCAUAAGGGAUGGGUAGAAGAUGGGCUAAAAAGAGUCAUGGAUGUUGGAAGACAGGAAGGGAAGAGAAAAAAGAAGGUCGGAAUUGAGAAAUUUCUGACGGAGGCCAAGGUUCCGUUAGAUCCUAUGCAAGAGGAAGAAGAAAGUGUUGGAAGUUUUGAGACUCUUUCUAAGUUUUUUUGUGUAUGUCUUCCAGUUUUGUACACAACAUUGGGAAAGAAGAUGUUGAAUGUAAACCAAUUACUUGCAAAAUGCAAAACCCUCAACCAUCUAAAGCAACUGCACGUCUUUAUCAUCACUCUUGGUUACGGCCAGAGUGAAAUCUACGCCUUCAAGCUCGUCCGCUUCUGCCUUGUCACUCUCCCCAAUGCCAACCUUCCCUAUGCUCGCCUCAUCUUCGACUGCCUCCACUACCCGAAUGUAUACCAUUACGCUGCCAUGAUUGCUGGUUAUGCCUCCCAGUCCCACCACCAUUCUGUUUUUUUGUUGUACCGACGCAUGUUUUGUCAGGGAAGCCCUCAACCCAACCAUUUUAUCUACCCCCACAUCUUGAAAUCUAGUCCAGAGGUUUUUAAGUCUCACGGGACUGAACUGGUGCAUACCCACAUCAUGAAAUCGGGUUUUGGUCAAUACCCUGUUGUGCAAACGGCUCUUCUUGAUUCCUACUCCAGGUUCCGCUCGGAUGUUGGCUCAGCAAGGCGGGUGUUUGAAGAAAUGUCUGAGAAGAAUGUCGUGACCUGGACGGCUAUGAUUUCUGGGCACACUAGAGUUGGGGACAUUGGUGGUGCUCUGUUGUUGUUCGAGAAAAUGCCGGAGAGAGAUGUCCCUUCUUGGAAUGCUGUUAUUGCAGGUUGCACGCAGAACGGCCAGUUCUCGGAGGCAAUUUCUCUGUUCAAAACAAUGGUUCAUAUUGCACAUGGGGAGAAACAUCGAGAAAAUUGGCCGAAUCAGGUUACUGCUGUAUGUGUUCUUUCGGCUUGUAGUCACACUGGCAUGCUGCAGCUUGGUAAAUGGCUGCACAACUAUAUUUACAAAAAUGCGCUUGGUCCAGAUUCGUUUGUUUCCAAUUCUUUAGUAGAUAUGUAUGGGAAAUGUGGGAGCUUGAAAGUGGCAAGAAGGGUUUUCGACAGGACCUCGCAAAAAAGCUUGACCUCUUGGAAUUCCAUGAUCAACUCUUAUGCUCUGCACGGUGAAAGUGACAAUGCAAUUGGUGUGUUUGAGGACAUGAUACAGUGUGGGGCUGAUGUAAGACCAGAUGAGGUCACUUUUGUAGGCUUAUUCAAUGCUUGCACGCAUGAAGGGUUGGUAGAGAAAGGUAUUUCUUAUUUUGAUUUGAUGACUCAGGGUUAUGGGAUUGAGCCUCAGAUAGAACACUAUGGAUGCUUGAUAGACCUUCUUGGUCGAGCAGGUCGAUUUGAGGAAGCCAUGGAAGCUGUGAGGGGAAUGAAAAUUGAACCCGAUGAGUCAUGUAAGAUUUAUGGUCGCACAGAUCUCGCAGAAAUUGCAGUUAAAAAGUUGAUUCAACUUGAACCAAAUAAUGGUGCGUAUGGGACCAUGUUGGCCAAUAUAUAUGGGCAGUUGGGGAAGUGGGAUGAUGUCCGAAACGUGAGAAAGAUGCUGAGGGAGCGAAAUGCUUAUAAAACCCCAGGUUGCAGUUGGAUUGAGGUUGAUAAUCAAGUUUACCAAUUUUAUUCAAUUGACAAAUCACAUCCUAGAACGGAAGAGAUCUACCAAAUCCUAGACAUUCUCCUCUUAUUUCUUCCCGACAUAUGAACUGUGUUUUUUUUUUUUCCAAUAUAUGAACUAUGUUUAAAAGCCCGAAUAUAGUUCCACUGUUCAAGCAAGCUUACCUGGUUCCUACCUAUUAAGGUAAGGAUGAGAGCAAGAGGAAAUGAACUUUGUGUUAUAAGUUGCAUUCAAUGGUCUAAAGGGUGUCUCAGCACAACCAAUGUAACUUACUCCUAGUGACUUGCUGUGGCACUUGAAGUUGUGGAAAUAUAAAUGUUUUUACAGCCAGCCACCUGAAUUGGCCUUCCAUUUAACUUGAAAUGAGGUUAUGACUGAAGAUGUCUUUGGCUUUGUUCGUCUCGCAUUGGUGAUUACCUUCUUAUACAAGACCGCUGUUUUGCCUUAGCGAGUUUUGUAGCCAAGUUGGUAAUGUCCAACCGCACAACACCAGUGGUCUUUCUGCUUUCCAAGUGAUAAUUCAAAACAACAUUUUUGUUCUGGUAAAUUAUUUAAGAGAGGGUGGAAAUUGUUGAGUAUCAAUACCACAUCAGCAUCCACAUAAGCAUCAGUAGUGAAGGCCACCUUAGCAGAGUUUGUUAAAUGAUUGUUAAAGCUGUUAGAGUUUGUUAAAAUGUUAGUUGAGUCUGUUAACAUUUAGCUUAAGGCACGUGUGCCUUCUCCCAGCUAUAUAAGUCUGGUUGUAUCUCAUUUGUAAAACACAGAUUGAAUAAUCAAAAACAUUUUGAGCUA